CUGGUGAUACUGAGUGGGAGAUGCUGCGCUGAUGGUGACCAAGAAAAGAUCUGCAACCCUGGCUGGGAGCUGUGCCCAACAACAGGAAAUCUAUGUGUGCCCACGUCGUGUCGAGGAGUGACCCUAAUGGAUUUGGAAAAUGAGCGGUGCAAGGAGGGGCAGGUGUACUGUGGUCAUCCCACCAAUGCCUGUAUUAAUCCUUGCCCCUCCGCCAGCAAGCUGGAUAACCCAGCCUCUCCCACCCAGCAUCAGCUCUGUGAACCCGACCUCAUUUUCUGCAAUAGGACUGGGAUGUGUGCGAAAGCGAGCGAUUGCGAGAAUGACCAAGGGGCUGAUGUCAGUUGUAAGAUGGGCUACAGCUUCUGUCCAGAACUGGGUGGUUGCGUGAUGGACGGCUGCCCAAGUAAACGCACAGGCUCUUCCGUCAAGGCCUGUCCUCCUGGCACUGUGUUGUGUCGGUCUACUGGGCAGUGCCUUGCUGAGGGAAGAUGCGACAGUGUUGAUAGCUCUGAUCUGAACACCUGUCCAACGGGUCAGGUGUUCUGCCUCGAGUCUUCUCGGUGUACUCCCAAGGAAAGGUGUGAAGGGUCCCGCCUCUUCCCUGUGUUUUUCGGAUGUGCCUCCAACAAGGAAUUCUGUCUGCAGUUGGGCACCUGCGUCGCCAGAGGCCAGUGUGAGCCUUCAGAGACCAGUCUCCCAGCUGUGCCUUUUUCUUGUCCUCCUCAUCAAGAAUUCUGCCUGGCGCUUGGUUCUUGCGUCGCCAAGGGCCAGUGUGAAAUUCCAGUAACACACUGGCCUAGUGCUUCUUCUUGUCCGUUACAGUACGAGUUCUGUCUGGAAACAUUGUCCUGCAAACCCAUGGGGAUGUGCAAAAGCGGUGAAUAUUUACCCACGCCCGCUUCAACCAACUGUCCUCCCUUCCAGGAGUUCUGUCUGGAAACAUCGUCCUGUAACCCCAAAGGAAUGUGCGAAAGUAGUGAACAUUCAACCAACUGUCCUCCCUUCCAGGAGUUCUGUCUGGAAACAUCGUCCUGCAAACCCAAAGGAAUGUGCGAAAGUAGUGAACAUUCAACCACGCCUGCUUCAACCAACUGUCCUCUCUUCCAGGAGUUCUGUCUGGAAACAUCAUCCUGCACACCGAAAGGAAUGUGCAAAAGCAAUGAACCUCCACCACUAUACAACUCAGCUGUGUGUCCGCCCCUACAAGAAUUUUGCUUGAAAUUCGGCACCUGCGUCACCAAAGGCCAGUGUGAGAUAUUUGGAUCUGAUACUUAUGCUGUAUUUUCCUGCCCUCUUCAACAGGAGUUCUGUCUGCAACUUGGCACCUGCGUCGCUAGGGGUCAGUGUGAGCCUCUUGGAGGCAAAUUCUCUCCACCAUGUCCUUUGGAAUACGAGUUCUGCCUGGAAACCUCGUCCUGUGCACCUCAAGGGAUGUGCAAGACCAAUGAUUCUCAGUCCUCGCUUGAGUCAGGAAAGUGUCCUCCUUCUCAAGAAUUCUGCCUAAAAAUGAAUAUGUGCGUCCCCAAAGGAGAGUGUGAACUUCCAGGAACACCUUUGCCCUGUCCGUUGCAAUACGAGUUCUGCCUGGAAACCUCGUCCUGUACACCGAAAGGUAUGUGCGAAAGCCGUAAAUUGCCACCACUGCAAGGCUCAGCCGUAUGUCCGCCUCUCCAGGAGUUUUGCUUGAAACUUGGUUCCUGCGUAGACAAAGGCCAGUGUGACCAAUUUGGAUCCAGUCUCCCAACUGUACUUUCGUGUCCUCCUCAACAGGAGUUCUGCAUGCAGCUUGGCACCUGCAUCAUCAAGGGCCAGUGUAAGAUCUCCGAUUUUCAACUUCCAGACUCAACGUCGUCUUGUCCUCCAGAACAGGAGUUCUGCAUGCAGCUUGGCACCUGCGUCAUCAAAGGCCAGUGUAAGACUUCCGGUUCUCAGCUCCCAGAUGGACCGUCGUCCUGUCCUCCUCAACUAGAGUUCUGUCUUCAGCUUGGCGUCUGCGUUCACAGAGGCCAGUGUGAAUCAUUUGGGUCCCACAAAUCAGCUGUAUCUUCUUGUACUCAUCAAGAGGAGUUCUGUCUACAGCUUGGCGCUUGCGUAUCCAAGGGCCAGUGUGGAUCUCCUAGGACCCAACUUCCUGAACCUUCUUGUCCGUUGCAGUACGAGUUCUGCCUGGCAACAUCAUCAUGUAUACCUAAAGGGACAUGCAGGAAUAAUGAACUUCCUUCUUCGCCUCCGUCAGUCAUGUGUCCUCCCUUACAAGAGUUCUGCCUGGAACUUGAUUCUUGCGUCGCCGAAGGCGAAUGUAAAUUUAUAGGAACUCCUCUACCUUCGCCUUCAUGUCCUCCGCAACACGAGUUAUGCCUGGAAACAUCGUCCUGCAAACCCAAGGGAAUGUGUGAAACCAGUGAACAUUUACCUACACCUGCCUCAACCAGAUGUCCUUUCUUCUAUGAGUUCUGUGCGGAAACAUCGUCUUGUACACUUAAAGGCAUGUGCAAGACCAGCGGACUUCUGUCCUCGCACGCAUCAAAUAAGUGUCCUCCCAGUCAGGUGUUCUGCCUGGAAACAUCGUCCUGUAUUCCAAAAGGUAUGUGUGAAAGCCGUGAAUUUCCGCCACUGCCCGACUCAGCUAAGUGUCCGCCCUUCCAAGAGUUUUGCUUAAAACUCGCCAAAUGCGUUGCUAGAGGUCAGUGUGACCAGCCUGGAUCCAGUCCUCCAACCCUACCUUUCUGCCCUCCUCAACAAGAGUUCUGUCUACAGCAUGGAACUUGCGUCAUCAAGGGCCAGUGUAAGCUAUCUGGUUCUCAGCUCCCAGAUGGACCUUCUUCCUGUCCUCCUCAACAGGAGUUCUGUCUACAUCUUGGAACCUGCGUCAUCAAGGGCCAGUGUAAGAUCUCCGAUUCUCAACUCCCAGAUGGACCUUCUUCCUGUCCUCCUCAACAGGAGUUCUGUCUACAUCUUGGAACCUGCGUCAUCAAGGGCCAAUGCAAGGUCUCCGAUUCUCAACUCCCAGAUGGACCUUCUUCCUGUCCUCCUCAACAGGAGUUCUGUCUACAUCUUGGAACCUGCGUCAUCAAGGGCCAUUGUAAGAUCUCCGAUUCUCAACUCCCAGAUGGACCUUCUUCCUGUCAUCCUCAGCAGGAGUUCUGUCUACAUCUUGGAACCUGCGUCAUCAAGGGCCAAUGUAAGGUCUCCGAUUCUCAACUCCCAGAUGGACCUUCUUCCUGUCCUCCUCAACAGGAGUUCUGUCUACAUCUUGGAACCUGCGUCAUCAAAGGCCAAUGUAAGAUCUCCGAUUCUCAACUCCCAGAUGGACCCUCUUCCUGUCCUCCUCAGCAGGAGUUCUGUCUACGUCUUGGAACCUGCGUCAUCAAGGGCCAUUGUAAGAUCUCCGAUUCUCAACUCCCAGAUGGACCUUCUUCCUGUCCUCCUCAGCAGGAGUUCUGUCUACAUCUUGGAACCUGCGUCAUCAAGGGCCAAUGUAAGGUCUCCGAUUCUCAACCCCCAGAUGGACCUUCUUCCUGUCCUCCUCAACAGGAGUUCUGUCUACAUCUUGGAACCUGCGUCAUCAAAGGCCAAUGUAAGAUCCCUGGUUCGCAACUUCCAGCUACACCUACUACUUGUCCUCCUCAGCAGGAGUUCUGUUUACAGCUUGGCACCUGCGUCAUCAGGGGACGCUGUGGCCCAGCAGAGUCGCAAAUCCCAUCACCAUCGGUCAUUAGUUGUCCACUGCCACAAGAAUUUUGUCUACAACUGAGAACCUGUGUUUUCCCUGGCAACUGUUUUGGAACAUCAUCUGGACCCCCAACCACAGUCACGAACUGCCCCAGUGGACAGGUGUUCUGCAUGAGUGCUGGGUCGUGCGUGCUGGAGAGCCAGUGUGGCCAGGCUGGUGAAGACCUCCACCCUCCUCCUCCACUCAUCACUACCUGCCUACCGGGCAAACUCUUCUGCCUGGCUACGGGCACUUGUGAACCUGAGGGCGGGUGCACAAAGAUGGGUAGCAGCCCUGGCCAAGCCAAGGCCAACGCGGCUCCUGCCGAGGUUUGCCCUCCUGACAAGGUGUUCUGCUUGUCCAGUGGGACGUGUGAACCUGCUGGAGGGUGUGGGGACCGACCCCCUGAGACCAUGGCCACCAUGUGUCCACGAGGGUACAUUUACUGCAUGCAGAAGGGAGAAUGUGUCAGUGCCACCCGAGGAUGUAAUGAACCAAGUUCUAGACUUGGUGUGUCGUGUCCGUCAGGAACCACGUUCUCUCUGCUGGCCGGUGCUUGCGUCCCUUAUCCUACUGAUAGCCCGGAUAUAUCAAGCUGGCUGCCUGACAUUAUUAAGUGUCCAGAAAAGUCUGAGAAAGACUCAAAACGGGAGCCCUUCACCUAUACCACCUGCAUUUCAAGUCAACACUGCCCCCUGGGCUUCACAUGUUGCCCAGAUCCUGACACACUCCACCUACAGUGUGUUGAUGCAGCGGGAAAUGCAGAUAAGAAGACCAUUAACAUGACCUGUUUAGUAGUGGGGAAGGCCAGAUAUGACACUGGGAUAGUGUGUGGUGAACCCCAGGACUGUCCCAUCGCCUCUGUCUGUUGUGAGGGUCACUGCAGGACACGCAAGGGGGUCGCCAACUGCCCUCUUGGCACACUGUACUGUCCACUGACCAGAACUUGCCAAUGGCUGGGUGAGAGCUGUGCCAAGGUCUGUGUCCCUGAAUCUGUAUACUGUGUAUCUACUGGCAAGUGUGGACCCAAAAAUGACUGCGAAUUUGUUAGUACGAGCGGGGCGCCCUGGACACUACCUGGGCCACUGAGGGUGUCUGCUAACAAUAACAGUGAUGCAGUUGACAGUAAAGUCAUCAUUUCUGAGAUGUUCAAAACUGCUUCCCCCAACUUUGGUGACACACCUGCUGUGGUCUUCACAGUGAAAAAUUUGACAAAAUGGUUUGGUACGUGGAUGCACCGGGGUGAUUCAUCCAGUGUGUGGGUGCAUGUGGAGCCAACUUCACUGCUGACACCUGGACACUACAUACGCUUUAAGCCUCAUCCUCAAACUUAUGCCUUUGGACUUGAUUUUAUCAAUAUGACAGAGACUGGGUCUGGAAUUCAGAGAAUAAUUGUGCAGCUAGUAGCACCAGAGUUGCCAGCUGUUCUGUUAGCAGAUUCAGCUCUCAGAAUCUCCCUUAAGCAGGCUGCGUCCAAGACUCUCAAGCUUUCAGAAAUGGUCAAUGUAACAUGUGAAGAUGAGCACUACUGGCAGGCAUGGGAACAGGGAGCUGACUUGCCAAAAGAAGCAGCUCAAGCUGGCCUUUUGGACUAUGCUCACCCAGCAGUGAUAUCGUGGGUGAGGGCUCUCCAGCAGCCUCGCCUUGGUAUACUGCAGUUACCCAAGGUUGGAGAUAAGGAUGGUAACUGGCAAGGACAUGCUGGUUUUGAAAGAAGAGGUGGUAAAUAUAGUGAUGGUCAUAGUAUGAAUACUGGAGAUGGAAGACGAAGUCCAAAAGGAGCAGGAAAUAUGGAUAGUGUUGAGAGAGGACUGAAGUUGGAAUGGACUUCUAUGCCUGCAUCCCGUGAUAAAGUGAAGAUUUAUAUCUCCUACUCACUUGACGAUGGUCAAACGUGGUUAACAAUGAAUCCCUUCCGGGGAGUAAAGUUGCCUCUAUCAUCUUGUGAAGCUGCAAGUAACAUACUAGUGAGAUUACGUCCUGCUUUCAAAGCCCUUGGCAGUCCCAACCUUCAUGUCUCUGUCUACUCCAUGCAAAGCCCUCCCCAGAGCAAAGACUCAAGUGAAACUAUGGCUGUUGCCUUCCAGAAUGAGACUGAUAUUCCACUGGAGAUUGAGGGUGUAAACAGUGGACCAAUUGCUCGGUUAGCUCCUGACCCGAAGCAGAUCCCUACCUUGACUUAUGGACGCUCCAAUCCUGGAAUCCCAGCUCAUACCUAUGCCAGUGCUUUCUACAUAGAUGCUGAUGAAGGCACUGUAAUGUCUCUCCUGAUUUUACAGGCACAUAGUAGUUCUUUAGGAACUUGGCAAUACUCACUCGAUGGGGCAACGUAUAAAGAUAUUGUUGGCUUAGAGAAAGAUCCAUUUCCAAAGAAAUUUAGGCUGGCUGGGUCGUACAAGGGCAUAGUGAAGCUAGAAGAAAAGAUGGAAGUCAGCGAAUGUGAUUUCUCAAGCAUGAUCAAGGAUUCCAGCAAGUUGACUUCAGUAGACAGUAGCAGUGAAUGUUUGGAAGAGCUAAAGAAGGUGAUGGACAAAUAUGCCAGUAAGUCAGCAUCAAAUAUAACACAAGAAGACAAUCAAAAUGAGUUUAGUACAGUGACUGAGGACAAUACAACUGAAGGGUCAGGUCAAGACAAGAAGGGCAUAAGGUUGCCAAGAUCAACAAUAGGCCAACAGCAGUUUGGAGGUUUUGGAACUGGGAAUUUCAAUGUUACCACAGCAUACCCUAUGGUAACAGGACUCCUUGUGCCCGCAAAUGCACUUAUCAAGUUCAGCUAUUUGCGGGACUACUGGACCUUGCCUGAAGCACUCCAAAAAACAAAGCUAGUGUUCACUGCCUCUAAUAAUGCUGACCUUGGGAAAGUUGCCUCUGAAGUUAAAAUGAUUAAUUUCAGUUUUGUGCAGAGCUGGAAGAUUGAAGGUCUCGACAGUUUUGCAAAGGAUCCAGUUGUAAUGUCAAUGGAGUGGACUGAUUGCACAGGACAGCGACUGGUAUCAAAUCCACCCCAGGUAGUGGAUGCCUGUGGUGUUUGUGGAGGCGACAACACUUCAUGUCUUGAUUGUAAUGGAGACCUUUAUGGGAGUGCUGAUAACAUGUGUGGUAUGUGUGUAGGAGGCAAUACACGAAAGACUGUUAAAUUGGAUUGUGCUGGUGAGUGUGGGGAAAAGAACAUCUUAAAGGAGGUGGGAAGUUCUCUUGUGUGUGUGCCAAAGGACCAGCCAAAUGUCACCCUCUGUGAUGGCACCAUAAAAUCUACAGCCAACAUUAACCAGUGUGGAAUAUGUGUAGAAGGUGAUACUGGGCUGAAGAAAGAUUCUGGAAUGGACCAAUGUAAUGUUUGUUUUGGCCCAAACGAUUGUGUAGCAUGUGACGGUGUGGUCAACUCUACUGUUAAGACAAACGUCUGUGGUGCCUGCCUCUUUCCCAAUGAUCCCAGAUGGAAAAAUUGUUCUGGUCUGCACAUAGUAAGUGACCCUCUUGAUGCUUGCAUCAAUGACCUACAAGAUAUGACAUUUGACAAGUCCAAGGAAAGUCCAGCUGUAGCAGUAAAUUUCCAGAAUAAUGUAGUACGAGCAGUUUUCAAUAUAUUACUAUCAGGCAAGAUGACUCUGCGGUGUGCCUUCAAAUCUAAGUAUAGGCAUCACAAUCAAUCCAUGGUUGUGCUGGAAACAACCAACAUGCUGACGGUGAUGGACUCAAGGGCUGUUGUUUUUGAGGUUGACAAAACUCGAGUAGAAACUGUUAAUGAAAGUGUGGUGACAUUAACUGUGACAAGCACCUCAUCACUGGAUUCAGCUACCUGUAUCAUCAUUUACCAGCCUAACUCAUCUACUACAGGUGAGAGUGAUAAAGCCAAAGAAAGGAGAAUGAAGGGAGACCUAUCACCCCAUCUGGUGCAGGACCUGCCCACAGCCCUCAUACCACCAAAUCGUGUUACCUGCACGCUACCCAAGGAUGCCAGGCCUGGACAGGCACAACUUGGUCUUCCUCUCACCUUUGCAGCACGUGUGCUAGUUCACAGUGUACCAUUGAAACUGCCUACGAUGCCACUGAUCAUCAAAGCACAAGCUCCCCAGGUUACUUCAGCUGUUCUAUCCUCUACAGGAGAGUUUCUGGAUAUCAUUUUUGAUGUGAAUGUUGAAUCCAAAACCCAAUGCUCUCAGAUAAUCAACUGGCCCUGGACUGGUAGCACAAAGUCACCAGCACCCAUCUGCAAGUUCUCUGCAUCCCGACUGAGAGUGCUGUUGGGUCCUGUUAUUAGGGUAGUGGCUAACACCUCCCUAAACUUCACUGCUUCGAGUAACAUUCGCAGGGCCUUUGGUGAUGCUGCAACUGCUCAGGCAGCAAAUGGAAGCUUCACUGUCACUCAACCAGAGCUCAUGAAUGAGCUGACAUUUGAAAUGACGGGAAACACUCAGGCGUGCAACUCAUCCUUAGUCAUGGUAACAAUUAACAGGAUCAGAGGAGCCAAAAUUGAAGACAUUACGCCUACGUGGAACAUUACUUGGGAGCCUGGCAUUGAGAAUUGGAGCCAGGCAGACAUAUUGCAGACAUGGCAAAGUAUUCAUGCUCUCAAGGAGAAGAUGAAGACUAUGUCUACUCAUCAAGGCUUCUCAAUGACUGUUCCUGGGAGCAGGUUUCUUCCUAGCAAGAAAUACAUGGUGGUGGCUCAGCUAAAGACAUCAGAUGGUCUAAGCAGUGAAGCAAAGGGUAUGACCAUCACUACUAUGCCUCCAGACCAGCUGCUUCAGGUUACCAUCAGUGGAUCAACAGAGGUUAAGGCUGACUGUCGUUAUAAAUACACAGCAACAGCAACACUCUGCUCAGAGACAGAGUCCACAGUAGAUAAUCUAAAACUGCAGUACUACUGGAGUGUGAAUGGUCAUGGAGUUGUAACAGGCCAAUUGAUAGGGAAGAGUAUCACCUUGCCUGCAGGCAUCCUGAGAGGUGGCUAUUCCUACAUCCUCAGUGCCACUGUUAUAUCUGACGACCCUUCCAUCAUGGGCAUUGGUCAAGUCAAUCUGACAGCUGUGUCCCAGGGGUUAGAGGUAAUUACUUCCACUGACUCCCUUGUUGUAGGUUCUGUUUCACCCAUCACAAUUGAUGCCUCAAAAUCCAAGGACAAGGAUAACCUCCCGGGUAGCUUUUCUUACAGGUGGUGGUGCAGGACACAGGAUGGAGCUGGCUGUUAUACAAGCAGUGGUGGAACUCUUACACGACUUGAGAAUACCCUCUCAGAGAACGAGCUAACCACGGCAACACUAAAGAUCCCCAGUGCCAUGCUGCCACCUAAUAGAUACACUUUGACUGUGGAUGUAAACAAGGAAAAUAGCACAGUUGAAAAGAAUGUGACGCUGGAGAUUAUUGCAGGGCAGUGUGCUCUGAUCACUACACAUCCUACAGCUAUACGCAUCAACCCAAAUAAAAGGAUACGUGUACCCACCUCCAUCACUGGUCCAGCAAAUAUAGAAGUGCAGUGGUACUCAGUCAGUGAGCCUGGAUUUCUAGAUGCUGAUAUCUCACAGUUGCCGUCUGGGAAAAUUACCAAGUUAAUAGAAGAAUCCAAGGAGCGAGACUAUGACUUGGUAAUUCCCAAGCCUACGGAUAAUAAUUUCUUGGGACUGGUUGGUGAUGCUUUUUACAAGUUCCGCAUCCAGGUGAAGACACCACUGGGGUAUUCGUGCUUCAGUGACCUGCAGUUUAAAACCAACUCGCCUCCUCACCGAGGCAAUUUCAAGGUGUUACCAUCUAGUGGCAUGGCACUUGUCACUAACUUCACUUUCAGUGCCUCAUACUGGACAGAUUACCCAGAGGAUCUACCUUUAACUACCUCUUUUGGAUAUCGCCUUGAAGGAAAUGAGGGAAAUUCUGUUGCAUGGCCUUUUACCACUAAUGCUGAAGACCCAUUCACAGAUCUCAUCCUUCCAGCAGAGUCAAAUCGAACCAGAGUUAUACCUCUUGUAAAAGUCUGUGAUAUCUAUGGUGCCUGCACUGUCAGAGAAGGCAAAUUGUUAACUCUUGCCCUGGCCUCUGAGCUGCCUGGAGACAUACUCAGUAUUCUGAUCACAAGCUUUGAGGAUCGGAUGAAUGAUGACGAGUCAACCAAAGCAGGUCUGGACACCAUUUCAACUCAGCUGGGAACAUUGACUGCCAUGAAUUUGCAGGCUGAAGCAGCACUCCUCAUGCAACAGGUUGAGAUCAUCGUCAAAGAAAAACUCUCCAGUCUCUCUGCCAGAAUGAGCAAUGACGUGGCUUCCAUUGUAAGAGCUUUAAAUAUAUUGAAAGGCAUAAAUAAUCUGCUAACACAGUUCUCGGCCAGCCAAGAUGUUCACCAGAAAAUAAUGGAUUUUGGGCGGUUGUUGUCUGCUGCACUAAUAGGACAUCCAGUCCAAGAGGUAAUCCCUGAUUCACAGAACACACUUGAUGAUAAAGAGGAGGAUGAUGAUGACGAAGAUGCCAUCCAUUAUCCCAGUAAUGAUAAUCAACUAGAUGCAGUUCGAAAUAUGCAGAACACACGCUUUGGUAGUUCAGGGUCACGUGUGCAUGGCGUAUACAGAGGAAGGAACAGUCCUGUGAGACGAGUCAAACGUAGUGCACCUCCAGCUAAUGGAACCCAGCAGCUCAGGAGCAUGAAAUUAGAUGCGGUGACUACAUUGUUGGAAACAUUUGAGCAAGCUAUUAUAGGAGCAGCACCAGAAGGAAGCAACACAGGUGACAUGAGAGAACUUCUUCAGAAUCUGCCUAAGUAUUCUUCUGGUCUUUGCCUUGGAAUGAGCUCACAGGAUGAGCCAAGUUCUUUCCUGGGAUCCCUUCUAGCAAUAACAGUGCAAAGAUCUGAUCUAAAGAACCAGGCUGAUACAAGGUUUUUCAUUGCUAACAGCAAAGGCAGAAAGGAUGACUUUAUUCAGGAAGACAGCUUUGUCAUAUGGGGUAACAUCCUACUUCAGUAUGUGGAGUGGUUUUGUGGCAAGAAGGGUGAUGAUGGAGAAGCUCUACCUUGUUAUGGUGCAUGCCUGGCUACCACAAUGCUUAAAGAUGACUACUUAUCACCUACCACAGGUGCUACAGCUCCAGGGAGUCUUAGAACUCCUGUGGCAGAGACUUUCCUCAUCAAUACUGUAACUGGAAUGAAGAUCCCCAUCAACAUGGGCCAUGACAAGAUCAUCUAUCAUUUAGUAGUAUAUAAUGACACAGUUCCGAAGGGUUACCAGUUAAAGUGCUAUGGCUGGGAUGAGAAUGAGUGGGAUGGUAGUCUCUGCAACACUGGAAAAUUUGUUAUGCGGGGAGGUGUUAAGAGACUCCGUUGUAUGUGCAAGAGUCCAGUUUAUGUGGCAGGAUUUGCAUCUGAGAUUUCAAAUUUGCCAUCUACUAGUACUUCUACAGUCAUAGAGACCACCUCAUCCACUUCGGCACUGCCAAUCGUCUUUGAAAGUCCGGAACAUGCCAAAAUUAUCAUUAAUGAAGACUUCAACGAAGUUGUUGGAGAUGAUCAUGAAGAUUUUAUAAAGUUAAUGACAAAGCAAAUAGCAACACAGCUUAAGAUAUCGGAAUCCAGAAUUUACAACAUGACAGUAAGGAAUGGAAGCAUCUUGGUGGAGUUUGAUGUCUUGCCUGACUACACUCAGACCUCCAACAAGACUCCAGCAGCUGUCGUUGAGGAGUUGUAUGACUUAAUCAACUCUGGUGGAUUAGUAAUUCUGGGACCAACUAAAAAAGAGCUAAAGAUUCCCCCACAGAAUAUCAAUGGCCCAGUGGUUGAAGAGAAGCAGGAUCCGACAAAGCUACCUAUUAUCAUCGGUGCCAUUGUGGGUUCUAUAGUGAUGAUAGUGAUUGUCUUCAUCUGUGUGGCCAUCUAUCUAAAGAACAAGAAGAGAAUGGACAAGGUUGAACCACUAUAUAUGAAUGAUUCGAAACAACCCACCUACAGCUCCAUUCACUUUGAGCAAUCACUUGAUGGUACUGUGGCCUCCCUGGUCAAGUAUCGUAAUGGUGCAAACACUAGCAACCGCAGUCUGUCAUCAGGUGGUGCAUACUCGGAUGAAGGAAUUUACAUUGAACGACGGUCAACUGCCAACAGUUCACGAAUGGGCUCAAGUGGGAGUUCAACUGGUAAAGGGAGUUAUGAUUCUGGGACAGGUCAUGAGAUUCCUGAAGCCUUCAGAUACCGGAUCCCCACUAAAGAACAGCUGGAACGCUCAGGACCUAUACCGGAACACAUAGAUCAUGAUAUGCGUGGCAUAAGACUCGGCCAUGCCCUUCCUGGGAAACCAGAUUAUAUAUUACGAGAAUUGCCAAAAUGGCCUGACUGGAGUAAAAAUGUUAAGAAGUUUUGAUGCCUUUAGAGAUACGGAGGAUAAAAGCAGAAUCUGAAGUCUUACCAGGAACACCAGAGAAUUUGGCAUAAAGACUUUGUCUCAUCUGUAACCUACCUGCUGAUGAUCUGGAAAUCUGAAGCUGUUGACAUGAAGUUUACAGUUUUUUCUUCAGGAAAAUGUCCUAAAUGUAUUUAGCAUUAAUUGCCAACUUUGUGUUAAUUUGUUUAUAAUCAUAUAAAACCAUUUAUAUGAAUCUUCUGUUAUAUUCUUAUUAACUGUUAGAUCAAAUAAUAUUUCACCAUCUGUAAUUUUUUUCCUAAACUAUUGCUAAGGAAAUUUAAUUUUAUUUUCUGUCACUAUGCAAGACAUUUUAGCAUAAUUAAAAUUUAUUGCACUGGUUUUCAUUAUUUUAAAUAUGUAUUAUCUUACUCUUAAUAUAAAUGUUGUGGAUACAAAUACCUUAUCAGUUCAACAUCGUAUGUCAAGAUAUAUAGUUUUUUACUUUUCAAAAAAUUUAUGUACCUGUAUAUUAGGCAUUUUUUCAUAUCACAAUAAAUUUAGCAGGCUACUGGCAUAGUGCAUUGGAUGUUAUGUGCCUCUCAGUCUGCCAGGUUAAGGAAAGUAACUGGAUCAGUAAUGUUGGACACAGCCUUUCCUUACAGUAUGUAGGGACCUUGACAGGCUAUGAACUUUUUUGUCCCUGACAGGGUAUACAAAAUUUGAUUAGUGCACAUCUAUGAGAAAUUCUUCAUUAAUAUUUUGUAUUUUUAAAAAUAUGAUUCAUUAAAUACAGUACUCAAAAUUUGUAUACCAUGAGGGAAAUAUAUUAUUAUUAUAAUCAAGGGGAAGCGCUAAACCCGGAGGAUUAUACAGCGCCUGGGGGGGGGAUGUGGAAGGCAUUCAGGCUUAAUUCGGGGAACUGGAGCACAGAUCCAAUUCCCUAAAUCAAGAGCCCCUCACCAACAUCAAGGAACCUUCCUUGAGGGGAGGGAAAUAUAAACUCUGCAGUAUUCAGGAAUUUUAUUGUUUAAUUAGAAGAAUGAGAUGAUGCAAAAGUAGGAAGUAUUGAGAAUAUUACCAUCAUAUCAAGGUGGGAGACAGCCAGCGUGUUGAAAAAAAAAAAAAAAGUUUUUAUUCAUUCAUUGUUUAAAUGAUUAAUAUUUGUGGCCAAGAAAAACAUGAUUGCCAGUUUUU